CCAUUGCUCAACCCAGUGUGGGUCCUCAUGAGCAUCUGUUCUAAUGCAGCCAAUGGUCAUGCAGGGAUGCUCAUUCACCCUCCCCAGAUGUCGUGAAUGGCACACCACAGGGGCGUCCCGUCGCAACAGCACCUCCUUCGCUCAGUCUCAGGUUAAAACAGCCCAUGAUGGCACUGUGCCAGCCAGUGUGAACAAGAAACCUCCAAACGGUGCUGUUGGGCCCCAGAUGCCUCUGGAAAUGAAUCUCUGCUGGAAUGAGAUUAAGAAGAAAUCACACAGCCUUCGGGCUCGUCUAGAGGCCUUCUCAGAUCACAGCGGCAAGCUGCAGAUUCCCUUGCAGGAGAUCAUUGACUGGCUUAGCCAAAAAGAUGAGGAUAUUUCUGCCCAGCUACCACUCCGAGGGGAUGUCCUCCUGGUACAGCAGGAGAAAGAGAGGCAUACGGCAUUCAUGGAAGAAGUGAAGUCUCGGGGGCCAUACAUUUAUUCUGUUUUGGAAUCAGCUCAAGAUUUCCUUACUCAGCACCCAUUUGAAGAAGUGGAAGAUGUAAAUCUUGACAGCAAAGAUGUCUCCCCACGACACCGGAUCCAGAAUAUUAGCCGUUUUGUGUGGAAGCAGGCAACGGUGGCCAGUGAACUGUGGGAGAAGCUGACUGCCCGCUGUGUCGACCAGCACCGUCACAUUGAGAGGACCCUAGAGCAACUUCUGGAGAUCAAAGGGACCAUGGAGGAGCUCAGCACUACCCUCAACCAAGCUGAAAGUGUGCAAGAAACAUGGGAGCCCAUUGGAGAUCUCUUCAUUGAUUCUUUGCCCGAGCAUAUCCAGGCCACCAAGUUGUUCCAAGAGGAGCUCUCUCCUGUGAAAGACGGAGUGAAACUUGUGAAUGACCUCGCACAUCAGCUGGCUAUCUCAGAUGUUCAUCUGUCCAUGGAGAACUCUCGUGCUCUGGAACAGAUUAACACACGUUGGAAACAGCUACAGGUCUCUGUCAAUGACCGCCUGAAGCACCUUCAAGAUGCCCACCGGGACUUUGGGCCAGGAUCACAACACUUCCUCUCGACCUCGGUCCAGGUCCCGUGGGAACGAGCCAUUUCUCCCAAUAAAGUCCCUUACUACAUCAACCACCAAGCCCAGACAACGUGUUGGGACCAUCCAAAGAUGACUGAAUUAUACCAAACGCUGGCUGACUUGAACAACAUCAAGUACUCUGCUUACCGUACAGCCAUGAAGCUACGCCGUGUGCAAAAGGCUUUGAGAUUGGACAUGGUGACACUGUCAACAGCCUUGGAGGUGUUUACAGAGCAUGAGCUGCAACCAAGUGACCACGUGAUGGAUGUGGUGGAAGUGAUCCAUUGCUUAACCUCUCUGUAUGAGCGGCUUGAGGAAGAAAGAGGCAUUCUGGUCAACGUCCCCCUUUGUGUCGACAUGAGCCUGAAUUGGCUGCUCAAUGUUUUUGACAGUGGGCGCAGUGGGAAGAUGCGGGCACUCUCCUUCAAGACGGGCAUUGCAUGUCUCUGCGGCACAGAGGUGAAGGAGAAAUUCCAGUACCUCUUUAGCCAGGUGGCCAACUCCAGUGGACUCUGCGACCAGAGGCAUCUCGGCAUCUUGCUCCACGAAGCCAUCCAAGUUCCACGACAACUAGGGGAAGUGGCGGCCUUUGGUGGGAGCAACGUGGAGCCCAGUGUGCGCAGCUGUUUCCGCUUUGGAAACGGCAAACCAGCCAUCGAGGCUGCUCAGUUCCUGGGAUGGGCCAACUUAGAGCCACAGUCAAUGGUGUGGCUGGCGGUCCUUCAUCGAGUGGCCAUCGCCGAACAAGUAAAACACCAGACGAAGUGCUCCAUCUGCCGGCAGUGUCCAAUCAAAGGUUUCAG